AUGGGGACUGUGCCCGCAGAGCAGGUUUCCUGGGGCCCCUACUCCGGGGACUAUGAAGAGGCAUAUUCUGCUGAACCGUUGCCAGAGCUCUGCCACAAGGCUGAUGUCCAGGCCUUCAGUCGGGCCUUCCAACCCAGUGUCUCUUUGACCGUGGCUGCUCUGGGUCUGGCGGGCAAUGGCCUGGUCCUGGCCACCCAUCUGGCGGCCCGUCGCGCUGCCCGCUCGCCUACCUCCGCCCACCUGCUCCAGCUGGCCCUGGCCGACCUCCUGCUGGCUCUGACUCUGCCCUUUGCUGCAGCCGGGGCUCUGCAGGGCUGGAGUCUGGGAAGUGUCACCUGCCGCGCCAUUUCGGGCCUCUACUCGGCCUCCUUCCACGCCGGCUUCCUCUUCCUGGCCUGUAUCAGCGCCGACCGCUACGUGGCCAUCGCGCGAGCCCUCCCAGCUGGACCGAGACCCUCCGCGCCGGGCCGCGCACACUUGGUCUCCGUCGUCGUGUGGCUGUUAUCGCUGCUCCUGGCGCUGCCUGCUCUCCUUUUCAGCCAGGACGGCCAGCGGGAAGGCCAGCGGCGCUGCCGUCUCAUCUUCCCCGAGGGCCUCACGCAGACGGUGAAGGGGGCGAGCGCCGUAGCGCAGGUGGUCCUGGGCUUCGCGCUGCCGCUGGGCGUCAUGGCGGCCUGCUACGCGCUCCUGGGCCGCACGCUGCUGGCCACCAGGGGGCCGGAGCGCCGGCGCGCGCUGCGCGUCGUGGUGGCCCUGGUGGCGGCGUUUGUGAUACUGCAGCUGCCCUACAGUCUCGCCCUGCUGUUGGAUACUGCUGACCUACUGGCGGCCCGCGAGCGGAGCUGUCCUGCCAGCAAGCGCAAGGAUCUGGCACUGCUGGUGACCGGAGGCUUGGCCCUCGCCCGCUGCGGCCUCAACCCAGUGCUCUACGCUUUUCUGGGCCUGCGCUUCCGCCAGGACCUGCGGAGGCUGCUUCGGAGUGGGGGCUGCAGUCCAGGGCCUCACCCCCGCGGCCGCUGCCCCCGCCGGCCCCGCCUUUCUUCCUGUUCGGCUCCCACUGAGACCAACAGUGUCUCCUUCUGGGAUCACUAG